AUGGACAUAUUAGAUGCGGAAACCUCGAAAAUUCUUUUACCAGAAGACGAUGAACGAUGCGGUUCUGCUCUGGUAUCUGCCGGGAGAAAAAAAAAAACGAACAAAGAGCGUGAUCCAUUAUCUACAAACAGAGAAGUACCGAAUGUUAUCGCGAAAUAA